GUAAGUUCCAUCUCUAUUGUCAAAUCACAACGUGCUCCAAGAAAUUGUUCAAAAUUGUUGAAUUGAACAAGCGCGUGCUUCUAACUUGAACUUCUACGUGGUAUGCUUAACUGUUUUUAAAAACAAUAACAAUGAACGGAAAAAUUAUGAAGCUCGAUUCUGCCGACUGUGACGGCUCAUCUGAAGGCAGCGAUCAUGAUAAUGAGCAGCAUGCGGAAGCGAAUGUGAAACUUCUCAAAAAACUCUCCAAAAAGCCCAAAAAGACCGACGACGGCGAGGAACAGAGCAAGGAGACACCGAGCGAAAAGAGCGGACAGACUGGGACUGGAAACAAAAUCGACAAGCGCGUGUUUGGCAUUUUGAAGAACUUUCAAGAUGGCACAAAUGUAACGCCAAAGAUGCUGCAGGAUCUGGUUGCUCUGCUGCAAGAGGAGUCGUCCGAAAAGCGCAACGCCACAGCCACAUAUGUUGUGAAGCGGCUGAUACGCGCCACGGGUGCGGACAACAAAAAUACAGCCGCCAAGGUGGGCAGCAUCAUAAAGCUAAUCAUCAAGAACGUGCCCUAUGUGAACGAGCUCGAUCUGCUGGACAUUGUGGAGCGCGAACUGCCCGUCAACGGGCAGCCCAAAAAGAAGGAAGAGGCUCUGGCGGCAGUCGGCCAGAUGAUCACCGCCGGAACUAUAAUACAAUUAUCCACCAAACAAUCGUCCACCAAGCGAGAGCUGGCGCCCAUCUACACGAAGCUAAUGAGUUACUUGAAGGGACGCGAGUAUCUCAUGUGCAUGAGCAACAAUCUGAUUGUGGAAUCAUUCGAGACGGUACCCGAGGAACGUUUCGCGACAGACGUUUGGCCAGUGCUGAAGAAGGAGAUUGCCAAGCCCGUGUCUGAGCUGAAUCUGCACACCUUUGAUGUUCUUUUGGCUGUGCACGACAGCUACAACAAUGUGCUCACACACGACCAGCUGGUGGCCACACUGUGGCCCACGAAGACAAGGUAUUCGGAAUUAUUUAGGAUAUAUUUAGCCGCUCCGAAGAUGUACGAUGCCGGAAUCUAUGCGAGGUUCGGCAAGUUCCUUGGCACGGCCGACACAAAUGCCGAGAUGCUCGAAUCGUGGCUGGAAUAUGCGUAUGAGCAUAGGGCGCAGAAUGUGGCAUCGAAGGGGUGCAUCUUUAAGGUGCUCGAGCAUCAGCUUGUCAGCCACAGAAGCGGCAACGAGCAGCCAUUGAUAGACCUGUUCGCCAGUCCCUUGAUGGACUUUAUAUUGGACGAACUUUUGGCCGCAAAGGCAGUCAGCGCCAAGAAGGAGAAGCCAUUGACACUGCAGCUACGCCGGAUAUGCCAGGAGUUUGAGUGCGCUGUCGUUUUGCUCUUUGAAAAUCCAGCAACUGGCGACGAAACCAAGGCAAAGAUCCUAAGCAAUUUGCUCAGCAAGAGGGGAAAUUUGAAUGAGAUUGCCACCAUGCGACGCUUCACCGAAACAUUGUUGAAUACACUGAAAUACGAAGGCCUGCAGACUAUUUUUGACCUCAACACAACGCUGCUGGCAACGCCUGUCGGCGCGGAAGCACAGCCAGAGAAUGGAUCUGGAUCGCGCAACCAGCUGGAGUGCGUCAACCAAAUGCAGGCCAUACUGCAGCAUACGGAGCUUGAGGGCAAGAACGCUGAUAAACGCUGGAAAAUGCUAAAGACAAUACUGACCGCCGGCCACUGUCAUGUGGCAGCUGGCCUGCAGCCCUGUCUGCCCGCCGAAUCAAUCCUCAGCGAAGCCACAGCCGAUCGCUGCAAAACAAUCUUCUUUGGCUCGCUCGUGCGCAACUGCCACGGUGACAUCAAGGAGCUGUGCCAGUUGCUGCGAACCACUGUCAAGUUUUUGAAGAAAUUCAUGUCGAAAACGCUGAACAGUAGCGCCCAACGGCACGCCUCCAACGAUGAGCAGCAGCUGGCCUGGGAUGUGCUGACAGAGCUGGAGAAGAGCGACGACAACGAAGACAGCGCACAAAUCAUUGAAGUUCUGAUCCUAUUUGUGGGCCUGGCCCAGUACACCUCGUGCUGCCAGCUGCCGAGCUCAAUCCUCAAUGAUCUGCUGGUCUGUCGCAAGAUGAAAAUAAGCGAACAGAAAGUGGAGUCCGAGGAGGAGCCCAGCUGGCAGGAGGUGGUCACGGACAUCCUGCUGCAGCUGCUGCUGGAGACGGCUGCGCAUUGGCGAGAAUUCACAAAUAUAAUUCUGAAAUCGAUGCUGCCGCAUCUGGGGCAGGCGCAUCUGUUGCAAAUGCUGCAGCGCCUCGAUAUGGAUUCGAAUCCUUUGGGUGAAGACGGAGACGAGAGCAGCAGCGAUGAGGAGGAGAAUGAGAAUGAAAAUGAGGAGGAGGAGGAUAGCAAUGACGAUGACUCAAGCGCCGACGAAGAUAACAACUCUGAUGACGGGGAGGAAGAAGGUGAAGGUGCUGGGGAAGAUGCUGAUAAUGCUUUGGAUAAGCUUCGCGACUCGGUUCGCCAGGCACUGGAGAAUGGCGACGAUGAUGAUGGCGAGGCAAGCAGCGUCGACUGGAACGAUGUGGAUGAGGAGAGUGGCAAGCGUCUGGACAAGUCCCUGGCGGCCAUCUUUAAGGUGCGCCAUCAGACGCAACAGCGCAAAAAGCGACCCACAAAAUCGGAUCGCAUUCACAGCACCAGCCUGCUGCAUUUUCGUGUACGCGUGCUCGACCUGGUGGAAGUGUUUGCCAGCAAGAAGCCCACGCUGGACGUCAUUCUCGAUGUGUUCCAGUGCGUUUAUCAAGUGUUCUGUCGCACCAUCAGUGUCAAGGAUCAGCGACCGCUGCAUCAUGCCAGCCAGAAGCUGCUGGGCAAGCUGAUUGCCAAGGAAAUCACAUUUGAGGAUGCCCAAGAUCGUGGCCAGAUACCUGUUGCCAUUGAGGAGCUGUUUGCCGCCACCAGUUCGGCCCUGGAGUCCCGGCAAAUUCGCGGUGUGCCCAACUCGCGCGAGUUGCAGCAGCGGCUGGUCAUGUGGCGCGAUAAAUGCUUCGCCGCCCUGAUAACCCAAUGCUCCGACAAGGAGGACAUUGACAACAGUGUCGCCUGGCCGCUGCUGAAGGCCAUGCUGGAUGAGUGGCUGCCGGGCCGCAAAUCCAAGCAGCCGCUGUUCGGCUUCGAGGCCAUCUUUCAGUACGAACCGACCUGGCCGGGCGUCAAUCAGUUGGUUGCCCUUUUGGUUUCGCAUUUGCAUGCCACAGCCACACAUCCAAUGAAGCGUCUCGUAAUUGUAAAGCUCUUGGCUGCACACAAGAAUCGCAUCAAGCCCACGGUCCAUACCCAAAAGUCUGUCAUUGCGGGGCUGAAGAAGUAUGCCUCAAAUUUAUUGGAAACCGAUCCCCUAACACCCAGCAUAGUGCAGGAGCUGAAGACACUCAAACAAUAUCUGAAUCCCAAAUUGGAAGAGACCAAGAAAAUCCUCACGAACAUCUCCAAGUCAUUGGAUCAAUUUCAUCAAACUGAGACCAAAGUGAAGCGCAAAACCACAACCCAAGAUGAGCCGGCGCCAGUCGCAACGAAGAAAACCAAGAAGGAGCGCGCCACCUGAUUGAUAAGUUACACAAUUUGAUGUACAAUAUAAUAAUAAAUACACAAUACAAUAAAUGUCUGUAUGCACUGUA